CUAUAUCUGCCAAAUGAUCGACAAACUCUUGGGUGUUAUUUGAUGGUCUGAGACUCUGAAAGUCUCUUAAAUGGGAUUAGCAAGCAUGCUCUGAUCGUUGUCCGGUGAGGAUGUCCCAAGCUGAUGUCUCUUACAGUUGUGGGAAUUGUGGAUACCCUCUAAAUUUAUCAUCUUCUAACUGAAUCACCUCUGGCAUAGGCUUGAAAGGAUCCAUCUCCUUCCUGUCAGUUGAUCUCAGCAGAUUUACUCAGGAAAGGUUGAUGAGGUGAACUGUUUCCCUGUCUCUUGGAGUUGUUAUGGUUCAAAGACUAAACUCGGCUGCCGUCAAUGUGGGGUUCAUAUAGGCCGUGGACAUGGAGACUCACCUACUCUUUGUGGCUUUAACUUAUCUGCCACACCUAACAAAAAGUUAACCAUAAAGAUUAGAGCUCUGCAGCCAUCUGAAGAGUAGUGCUAAUUAAGAAGGUUGACAUGGAAGAUCUUUCUCUCACCACUAUCAUGAAUCUGCCUAAUGAUUGCCUCCUUUCAAUCUUCCAACGGUUCGAUUGUAGAUGUGAUCGCGAAUCUUUUGGCUUAACUUGCCAUCGCUGGCUGUAUAUACAAAAUUCAAGUGUCCAAUCCUUGCAAUUCAAGCGCUCAUUAAGGCAACUCAACCUUUCUUCAUCAUCCCAUUCCCAGCCCACUCUUAACAUUGAGUCAUUUGAGUCAUUCCGUCUGUAUAAGCUGUUAACCCGCUUCCGACAUUUACAGUCUCUGUCCCACUCUGGUUGCAAAGGACUACGUGACUUGUGCUUGACACGGUUGGAACACUGUGGUUCAAAUUUGCAGAGUCUUUGUCUGGAUAGUUGUUUUGGUAUCACCGAUCAUGGACUGUUUCUGGUAGCUACUUGCUGUCCUAAUCUCAAAGUUAUUAGUCUUUUCAAGUGCAAUAUCAGUGACACUGAGUUAGAAGCGUUGGCCAAUGCUUCCUCAGCAUUGAAGGAUGUGAAUCUCUCAUACUGUGCUCUUGUUUCUGACCAUGGGUUAAAAGCUCUUGCUCAAGGAUGCCGUCAGCUUCGAGCAGUUCGGAUAUCUUAUUGUUAAAUAAGCGGUGUUGGCUUCAGAGGGUGUUCAUCAACUUUAGCUUAUAUGGAAGCCGAGUGUUGUAAGCUUGAAGCAGAAGGUAUAAAGGGAAUCCUCAGUGGAGGUGGGAUAGAGUAUUUAAAUGUUUCUCUACCAAGGCAUCAGAAUGAUCAGAUUGAUGGUGGUUUGGCAGCAAUUGGGACAGGUUUCGGUUUCGCGACAAGUCUCAAAAUCCUUAACAUUCGCAUGUGCAAGAGUGUUGGUGAUGAGUGUAUUGCGGCAAUUGCAAAGGGGUGUCCAUUACUUCAAGAGUGGAACUUAGCAUCAUGCCAUGCGGUAAGCAUAUCUGGGUGGAAGGCCAUUGGGUUGAACUGCAAUAAUUUGAAGAAAUUUCAUGUCAACGAUUGUCGUAAUCUAUGUGAUCGUGGCUUGUUGGCGCUUAAAGAUGGGUGCAAACGCCUCUGUAUCUUGUACGUGAACAGGGGUUUUAGGCGCAUUUCUAGAGCAAUAGAGUUGUUCAAAUGUAGAGUACCUGAAGUUGAUGUGAAGGAAGAAGAAAUAAUCUAUAUUGGCCCUAAUUGGGCGUUUCGAUAA